UUCCUCUCAUUGUCUGGCAUCUUUCAAAUUAUUUCACUGAAAACUACCCCAAUGCCCUCUGGCAAAAUCAAAUCAGCUGCUCUCGUACAAAAUUAGCGCGCUCAUCUCAGUGUGUUCAAAAAUUUUUUAAAAACUUGAAAUUCAGACAACCCCUCUCUCUUUUAUUUUAAUUUCCGUUUUAAACCAUUACGUCUCAAUCAUUUGCAAUUAAAAAGUAUUUAUUUUAAAUUCUUCAACCAAUUUUUAUUUUUAUUUUCCCGCUAAUUUUCCCUUCCUUUUUUUUCGAUUCAUUGAGUUUAAAUAAUGGAAAGAAAUUUGUACGUGAAAAAUUGAGAGAGAUGGUGGGAGACUGGUAAAUGUUGAUUUAUAAAGUAAAUAAAAUCAAAAAUAAAUUCUUAACCACAUUGAUCGAACUGGAAUCUGUUCAAGUUACGGUCAUGUUAGACCGAGACAGAAGUACCAUUGGAAUAGAGCAUGUUCCAAAGUUUCGGAUAAUGCCACUAGAACGUAGUCUAGAGAUGCUAGAUACGUUUUAUUAUUAUAAUGUGAAUGGACUGUUAAAAGUUCCGUACGGUUUCCAGGUCGAGGUGCUUUCAAAAUGUCUUCUAAUUGUGUUUGGAGUCGAGAAACGCCUGGGUUUCGGGUAUCAAGUAGCCCAUCUCAUCCCUGCUUUGAUUCUUCACUGUAUGUAGUCCAAAAUUUGACUUAGUCUCCGUUGUGGCACAAAUCUUUUGUUUACUUCCUUCUGCUGAGUUAUUUAGGAUUUUAGG